AUUCUGGCGGCUUCAAUCGGUUUUUCGGUUAUUGACUUAUUUUGACGGUUUUGCGGUUUUUGGCGUUAUUAUGUGCGGUUUUGCGGUUUUCGCACCCCCCCCCCUUACUCCCCCCUGCCCUUUGAGAAGAAAUUCGACAGCUGACUAAGGAAAAAUGUAGUUUCUCUUUACCUAUGGGGCUCCGCGCGCGACUCAGCUAUGAGUUCACUAAACAGACAGAAUCUGUUGACAGGCUGGGCUAGGCAAAUAGUCGGCAAUCGGCUGUCACUGAAAAACCUUGAGCCGCUACAGGGAAGAGCAUAAGCGUUGAACGGCGGAUCCAUUCAGAUAGAUAACCCACGAUGGCGGCAGCUAUAGUGACUUUGGUCCUGCUUCUUUUAACGGCGUCAACAAUCCUGGCCCUCCGGCGGGGCGAGAGGGAGAGAACAGGUGGUUUUGACAAAAAGGAACAUCAUGUCCUUGUUGGUCACGUGAUUUCACUGCAUAACGUAACCUCCCCGAUGGACUGUGCCUUGCUAUGUGUGGCAGACAUGCGCUGUGCGUCUUACAACAUAAGGAAAAAAGUCAUUUGCGAGCUGAGCAACGAGACCGAGACCUCCAAGCCUGGCUCGCUACAGCAAGACCCCGAGUGUGAUUACUACCAUGGUCUGAACGAGACAUUGGCUAUCUUCACAACAGCAAUGCCAACGCCGGCGGAGACCACCACUACGGCGCUUACGACCACUGCUCCACUACCAACAACAGCCCCAUCAACGAACUAUGGCUCAUGCUUGGGCCUCAGAAAGGCUGGCGUGACGAGUAACGGUGUGUACAAGAUCACCCUCUCAGGCGUACAGACUAAUGUCUUUUGUGACAUGACCUCAGAGCCAAACUCCGCUUGGACAAUGGUCAUAUCAUUCGCGAGGAAAAACAGAAGGAUGGUAGAAUUCUGCUCACGAUCAUUCAAGCAAGAUUUUCCGAGAAACCCCCUGGACCCAACUUAUCUGACCGACUAUCGGAUGUCGCGAGCCCAGAUGAACGCACUAAUUACCCAGUCCACUCACUGGCGCAUCACCACAGACUUCCCAAAAGUCGGGGUUGACUAUCGCGAUUACGUCAGAGCAAAGUUCUCUUCCUUUGAUGUCAUGACUUUUGAGCCUCUUUUGAGCGAAUGUAAAGAGGUAGACCUCAUAAACAUAAGGGGGCAUACUGGUACAAACAUAAAAGCUCAAUUCUGGCAGUUGGCGGGGUUUAGGCUUUUACAUGUUGACAGUUCUUUUGUUUUGUGUGACUAUAAAGUCCCUAAUGCAGUGUUUAGCGAAAACAACUUUGCGUUUUAUUGCGAGUCAGAUGCUUCGAUGAACCCACUAUUCCGUGGAACAACCACUGAGGAAAGUACCACGGAGUACUGGUUCGGGGGGUACGUUACUUAGAUGGGACGAACCCAGUCUUCCCAGACUACGUUGCAUGGAUAUUGCACUGACUGACUGACUGACUGACGGACGGACGGACAGACGGACUGAAUGACUGACUGACUGACGGACGGACUGACUGACUGACGGACGGACGG